GCGCCCCCACCACCGCGGCGUAUCGCGUAAGCGCGUACAGCCAAUAGGAACCGCGGGAGGGCGAGUGCGUCACGAGGUCAAAGGUCGCCGCGGUGGAGACUUCCUGGAUGUAAACACAGAUGUAAACAGAGCGACGUGUUAGAGGACAGCUCAGAGACAUGAGGCUCUUAUCGAGGGCGGUGCAGGCUGCAGUGAGUCAGAGGGAGCGGAGCCGCAGACACUUCUGGGGUUGGCUCAAUGCAGUUUUCAACAAGGUGGACUAUGAGAGGAUCAAAUCUAUCGGUCCGGACCGAGCUGCAGCAGAGUGGCUGCUGAGGUGUGGAGCCAAAGUGAGGUUCCAAGGUUUCGAUCGGUGGCAUCACGACUACAACGGACUUCCAACCGGACCUCUGGACAGAUACAAGAUCCAGGCCAUUGAUGCCACUGAAUCCUGCAUCAUGUACAGGGGCUUCGACCACCUGGAUGGUUUGAAACAUGUGGAGGAAAUAAAGUUCAAAAAGUGCAUCUACCUAGAAGACACCUGCCUGGAGAGGCUGAGCUCCAUCGAGACUCUGCAGGAGAGUAUAUACACAAUGGAGGUGGUGUUGUGUGGGAAUGUGACCGAUAAGGGCGUCGUUGCGCUUCACAAACUCAAGAAUCUGGAGUAUCUGUUUCUCAGCGAUCUGCCGGGAAUCAAAGACAAACAGACGACAGCAGACCGACUGCAGACAGCACUCCCACGUCUGGAUUUAGCGCUGGACCUGGACUGACAGCUUUUGUAGAGCAUGUUCUCAUUGUAAUGAAAAAACCCAGGAAAGGAGGAAAGUGGCGCAUGUAGGGCUUUGAUUGUACGAGAAGCAGAUCCUUAAGUUCAUGCAAAUGUAUGCCGGCCUCCAAGGCU